UCCGUCUACUUUCUUUCUCUCUCUUUCUUCUUACAUAUUUCCAUUGUGAAAAUGAAAAUGCCAUAUGAUAAUGUUGCAGUAUUAAUCUAUGUUGUGAUGGUUCUGGUUCUUAUUGGGAAAGCACAAGUGUCCAUGGCUGCUGUAACUUGCAAUGCAUUGCAGCUGAGCCCAUGUGCAAGUGCUAUCACAUCCUCCACCCCUCCUUCACCCCUAUGUUGCAGUAAAUUAAAGGAGCAGAGACCUUGCCUUUGCAACUAUGUCAAGGACCCUAAUCUUCAAAAGCUUGUCAACUCUCCCAAUGCCCGGAAGGUUGCUAGCAUUUGUGGCUCCCCAUUUCCCAACUGCUAGCUAAGUUCUUAUUUCUAUAAUACUUGAAAUGGUACCAAGAGAGUCAGCUUGCGCUUAGAGAUCAGUAGAUUAAAAAUAUGGGUGUGUGCAGAAACUGCAUGCUUGUAUAAUAUUGGUUUGAGUUUGUCUGUCUUGCUAUUGCUUGUGCUCUCAUUCAUUUGUCUUGUACUACGUGUUCAGCUUUCUUAUGAGACUUUUAAGUUAAGUACCAUAUUUUUCAUGUAAUUUCUAUUAGUCUUAUUUCCUUGUGUUAUUUUCACCGCAACAAAAUGAAAGAUUAAACCAAUC